AACAGCCAGUGCGGAGUUUCGGUCGUGACGUCUGUCCCCAGCACCCGCCCAGCUGGGACAACAGCCCGGCUUUGCGGCAGAAGACAGUGCAACCUGGAGAAGCCGAGCCAAGACUUCGGUCCUCAGAUCCAUCAUCGCUAUGGGAAUUAUUUUGCUCCCGCGCAAUGACCCGCUCCUUACUUAUUGUCCGAAGCUCGUUCAGUUCAUAACAGAAACUAUACAGGGCUGAUUCCGAAGGGCGGAAUUGCAGCACUAGAAAGGAAUUGUCUAGUUAGGGACAACUGCAGAAUGUGGAUGCUCUCUUGAUACCGAGAUGUCCCACCUAUAUUAGAAAAGUAAAGUCUGUGUGGGCCUGGACGUAAAUUGAUAAGAAUUACUGGGCCCGAAAACGGUCAGAGGAAAUGUCUUCGAUCUCUUUGUGUCUAACGCUGCUGUGUACUCUGGCUGGUGAGAUCCUGGCCCAAGCCUUAACCCCCAGACCAGCUACUGAGGGGCCGCUGCCUUCUCGUCACUACCACCACAUUGAUCCGGCUACCGGCAGCCACCUGGUAUGCGACAAGUGCCCAGCGGGCACCUAUGUGUCGUCCCACUGCACUGAGACGAACGUCCGGGAGUGCAGCAGCUGUCCUGAGGGCACCUUCACCCGGGGCGAAAACGGCGUGCAGCAAUGCCAUCGCUGCCAGGCACCCUGCCAGGCCCCAUUCACUGAGAAGACACCGUGCACGGCUACCACAGACCGGGAGUGUGUGUGCCCACCAGGCCGUUUCACCCAGGCAGGCGAGUGCCGCCCCCACUCACUGUGCCUACCCGGGUGGGGUGUGCGGAGGCGGGGGAGCCAGACAGAGGAUGUGCGCUGCCGCAGAUGUCCACGUGGCACCUUCUCUGACACGGCAUCGGACGUGCUGAGGUGCCGCCCACACACAGACUGCCAGGCGCACGGUCUGGCGCUGGUAAUCAAAGGCAGUGAGGAGAAGGACAGCGUGUGUGCAAGUGCAGCUGCAACCCUGAACUCCACCCUGCAGGGGGAGCCAACCUCAUCCACCCACAACUAUCUUGACCAGGCACACAGAGUCCCUCUUCUGCCAGAGGCGACCACAGCUCGGCCGUCAGAAGCCAACCGGGUCUCUGCAGCCCUGCCUAGCACCACAGACACUCCUGCCCAGCCAAGCCCCUCAGGGGCCAUCCAGCAGGACACCGGGACCCUGAGCCCAACCACGUUGCCCCUGGCGAGGCAGUAUCAACAAGUCUCACCACGCAAACCCCAGCCUGCCAGCCAUCGGGCCGUGGAGACUGUGUCGGAGGCCAAGGGUCAGUGGCUAGCCUACAAGCCCAUCAGGAGAGGCUCCCCUCGGCCCGGCAUGCACAAGCACUUCGACAUCAACGAGCACCUGCCUUGGAUGAUCGUGCUACUCCUACUGCUUGUGCUUGUGGUGAUCGUGGUGUGCAGCGUGAAGCGUAGCUCACGCGUACUCAAGAAGGGUCCCCCACAGGACCCCAACAGCAUCGUGGAGAAAGCCAUUCAUAAGAAGCCCAGCUCGCCUGCACACAUCCAGGAGAAGUGGAUCUACCAUGUCAGUGGCCAGGGUGUCGAUAUCCUGAAGUUGGUGGCAGCCCAGAUUGGCAGCCAGUGGAUUGAUGUGUACCAGUCCCUGGCUUACGUCACAGAGCGAGAGGUAGCUGCCUUCUCCAACGGCUACUCGGCCGAUCACGAGCGGGCCUAUGCUGCGCUACAGCACUGGACCAUUCGGGACAGUGAUGCCAACUUAGCCAAGCUGAUCAACGCCCUUCACCGCCACAGACGCAUCGACGUGGUGGAGAAGAUCCGUGGCAUCAUGGAAGACAGUCCUCAGUUUGACCUGAGUCAGUUGAUGACCUGUAUGAAAGUAAGCCAGUCCAUCAGCCCCAGUCAUAAGUCUAUGGAAGCACAUGGCUUGCUAGGGGAGCACUCACCGCUGGACCGUACCAAAGUCUUCUUCCCUGACGAAUCAGAGCCUCUGCUGCGUUGUGACUCCACCUCAAGCAAGGACUCUGCCCUCAGUCGGACGGGUUCUUUUAUUACCAAAGAAAAGAAGGACACAGUUCUGCGGCAGGUGCGUCUGGACCCCUGCGACCUGCAGCCCAUUUUUGAUGAUAUGCUGCAUAUCCUCAGCCCUGAGGAGCUCCACAUCAUCGAGCAGAUCCCCAUGGCCGAGGACAAGCUAGACCGCCUGUUCGAGAUCGCCGGGGUCAAGAGCCAGGAGGCCAGCCAAAUCCUCCUUGACUCAGUAUACAGCCACCUGCCAGACCUCCUGUAGACCUGCCUCCCUGCUAUUUACAGAGUACAAUGGCAACAAGCAGAUGGGUCAUCAUAGGUGCACCUUCCCUGAGAAUCUGCAUGUGCUCCAGAGUUACAUGCAAACAAGCUGAAACAAGCUCAGUCAAGGGUAUACAAGGGUCUUAAGCACAUUAAAAGCCACUGCUUGCCCAAGCAUUGAUGUAGCAUUUGCAGCCUGUCUCCACACUUCUCAUUUGUGUGUUUAUGUCUGGUUACAUGCAUUCAGUCAUGCUGUAGCCUCUGUAACAAACAGCAUAUUCUUGCACACUUCUUUGCACCAAGUCUUUUACUAAUGUUCUUUAAUGCAGUUUAUGCAUUAGUUUUGCGAUUUCUCUUCUCACUCCUUCGAGGCCCUGCCAAAAUGUGCCAGGGUUUCUUGUUGAAAGCUAUUUUAUUAACUAAAGUCAUAACCAACAAAGUCUUUUCACUUUAUUUUUUUCUCCAUUUAUUAUGAAAAUUGUCAUUGCAGCUUUGCAUACGUAUGAUUUGCAAUGGCUGUGUUUCUAUGAUUUUAUGGGCAUUUAAAAGCAAACAUUUUGGGUAUGAUAUCAUUCAUAACCAAAGUUAUGCAUCUAAUACUCUACUUGAAUUAGUCUGUCACCCUCUGGAUGUGCUUUUACAAGACAUAAAAAUAUAUAUACUUGAUACCUUCUCUAAGUCCCAGCUGAGACUGGUGAGAAGACCACCAUGCUCUGCCAUUUGCAACACUUCCUUUCUGGGACUUUAAUAAGCUCAUGCAAAGGAAAAAAACACAUCACUAAAAGGGAAUUUCGGUAUUCCCAUUUCAGAGACUGACGUGGAAUACUGGAUGUAUCUAAUAUGCUUUGUCUAGCUAUCUAACGAGUGAGUCAUAUCGGACCACUCUAGUGCCAGAUGAUGAAUGUGGGGAUUGUGCUUAUCUUUCCACAACUGGGUGCACAGUGUUGUUUAGCCUUUUCCGACCUUGAAGGAAAAACGUGGGUAAACAGUGGCAGCUGCUGUGAACUUUGCUGGAUUGUUGCAAAAUCAAGAGAGCUGUCAAAGGUGAAUAGUGUCCAAAAUAUGAACAUUGCAUUUUGGUGGCAUAUUUAAGACUUAACACAUGUAAUCAGUACAUUUACUAUUAUGUAACACGAGACAUCGAUGAAUUAAAAUGAAACCAUUUGUUACAA